AUGAGGGAGGUAGAAGGUUACCACGGUUCUGUACUAUACAGCGUUCUCAAAUACGCGUAUCAUAACACAUCUCUUCUUCCCCCGAGCAAAAUCGUAUUCGGCUAUGGUUCAUCCAUCGUCAACCAGACCACCUCGUUUGGUUGGGCGACCUCCCCCCAUACUGUUCGCAUCAUUGCCGCGAGCACCUCAAGAUUCGACCUUGCGAAAGGCACCCUUCGGUUCUUGGUAGACUGGCAAACGUCAACAGGGCUAUUGCCUCAUGCUCCUCCUACCGGCUACACUCCAGAACUGGCCAGGUUCUCGUUUUCUAGAGGCGGCGGGGCUUGGUUUCAUGGGGUUGAAGUCUACAGCUACAUUCUUGCUGAUUACCAGAUUCUUGGCGUCCUCGCGUUCAUAGAAUAUGUACGCCUGUCAGGUGACGUAAACUUUGCGACGAGUACUUGGGCCAACUGGAAAGCCAACUUGGAAUGGAUUAACAGCAACAUCAACUCGACAACGGGGCUCCUCAACUUGCGAUCUGCUUUCCUCGGACCGGCGAGCGCUGGCUCAGCAGUGAACUGCGCUCUUGUGGAAGCGGUGACGAAGAUGGCCGAAGGAGCGAUGCGAAUUGAGGAGAAUGUGGAUGCAGAGCAAUACAAUGCGAUGGCCGCCGUUCUAUCGUUGGCCAUCAACCGCGAGCUCUGGAAUGAAGAAGUGGGUAUCUACGGCCUUUCGAUAGGCCACGCGGCUCGUCGUCGCAGCCGCGAACCUCCUGCUUUGGCCUGGCCUCCGGGAUUCAAGCGCAUCGAUUUCAGCGUCGGAUGCCAUUUCGCCAACACCAACGGUUUCAUCCUGAAAGCACUUCUAUCUCAGGGCACCACUGCAUCCGCCACUUUAGCUCUCGACCUGAUCAUGAGCUUAUGGACUCCAAUGUUGUCAAACAAAACAACCAGCACCGGCGCAUUCUGGGAAUAUGUCGAUCAGCGAGGAGGCCCUGGACUUGGACUCUUUACCAGUCUUGCACACCCCUGGGGUGGUGCCCGACCUAUAUAUUGA